GCCAUUGUUUUCCUUCAAAACGCUGUGCAGUUUUGCGUCGUUUCGUAAAUAAAGAUUACCUUUUUAGUUUUGAUUUGAUCUAAUAUUACCAUCAUAAUUUCGCCUUAUGUUUACUUAGACCUUCACUAUGGCAAAUACAGAAAUAAGUUUAAAGUGGAAUGGAUAUCAAAGUAACAUAUUAUUCAAUGUAAAGGAGUUGUUACAAGACGAAGGAUUAUCGGAUGUGACUCUUGUGUCUGAGGGCCACAGUUUUAAGGCUCACAAAGUGAUUUUGUCUGCGAAUAGUUCAGUUUUCAGGACUAUAUUUCAGCAAAACCCCCACAAGGAUCCAAUUAUAGUGCUUCAUGACAUCAGUACUGAAGCUUUGCGGACUAUACUGACGUUCAUGUACAAUGGGGAAGUGAAUGUGACUGAGGAGUUCCUGCCAUUGCUCCUGAAGACAGCCGAGACUUUGAAGAUUUGUGGAUUGUCUACAAGCACUGAGGUUACUCGCGAUGACGAUUUACAGAAAAACACUAGCAGCCCAGUACCAAAGAAACGCAAGAAGAGUGAGCAAGACGAUGGCAAUGGUUCAUGUAAGAAGUGUAUCACACAGGAUAGUAAUGAUGCCGUACAAGAUAAUGUGCUGAUAAAAAUAGAACCUGUUGACUCACCUGUAAAUGAUUGCCCUGAAGACAAAACAAAUGAUACUGAGGUUGCCAUAAUUGACGCUUUAGUAGAUGAGAGAGCAGUUGGUAAUAAGUCUCAGUCAAAACGGCGGAAAAAAGCAGACCACGAUAACAAUAAUAAGUGUAAGAAAUGCACACCUACAGGAGAUUCUGACUCGGGAAGCAAACGAAGCACAGAUAAUGUGAAACAGUCCAACAUCAUCUUAAAAAUUGAGCCAAUAAAGUCUCCUCUAACCGACUACUCAGGAGAAAACACAAACGAUACAGACAUUGCAUUACUUGAAGACACAACUGAUAAGAAACACUCAAUAUCAGAGUGUCCUAACAAGAAGAACUACACAAGUGACAGAAUUGAUAAAAGUGAGGUUAGCAGCACUCAGCCAUGUUUGAAUGAGAAGCUGAAUCGUGGCGAUGCCUCUGACGAAAUAAUUGAAAUAGACAAGGAGGUUGAAACUGUAUUGCAGAGUGGAACUAGAAUAGAGUCGUUGAGUAUUAAGACUGAGAAUCUUAAUCUGGUGUCGUCUGAUACUCAAUGUAAAGAUCCGUCAUUUCCGUGUCCGUUUUGUCCUCGCGUAUACAACAGCUGGGGCUAUAGACGGAGACAUGUCAAAUCUAGACAUGUCACUAACAGACUGUCAUGUAAGUGGUGCGUGUCGGUCCUGCCUUCAACGGGCGCGUGGUAUACGCACGCGACACGCGCGCACGGCGUUCCUCACGAGGAAGCGCGCAACUCUCUCGUCGUCAUGGUCGAGGCACACGCGGUACUCACACUCAACGAACCUGGGGUCACACAGCUGCUCGUGUAAACACAUCAAAUACAGGAUAAGUCACCUUUGUCAUAGUCAUUAAUACUUGAGAGCUAAUUGUUGAACUUGUUCUAAGAAUCGCCAGUUACAGGAUAAGUAAUAUCGCUUUUGCCAUAGUCAGCAGAAAAGUACUUGUCUAAAGAAACCAGGAAUCGCUAAACACAGGAUAAGUAAUAUCACUUUUGCCAUUAUCAGCAGAGAAGUACUUGUGAAACUAAGAGUCGCUAAACGCAGGAUAAGUAACCGGAUUUUGCUGUGUUAAAACCUUAGGUACAUUUACAUAUAUCCCCAUAUUAAAACUUAGCGGCCUCUUAGAUAACUCGUUAGUAAAAACAAGUCUUGCUUAGAGUGCCCGCGUUG